CUUGUAGGGUUAGGAAAAAAUUACAUUUUGUGAAGCUAAAAAUGGACAUUUCAUUCCCUAUUAUUACGUACAGUUAGAAGGAGAAAAAAAGAUGUCAAACACCCUUUUUAAAGGCGUCUAAUAUACUUCACUCAAUCGAUCUCUUCUCAUCCACAAAAGCUGUCCGCCAGUUCCUCUUACUACGUCCGUCUAGAAGAAACAAAAAAAAAAAAUGGCGAUUCGCCAAAUGAUCGCCUUCCUUCUUCUCUCUCUACUAGCCACCACCGCUUCCUCCGCCCCACCACCUCCAUGCUACACUUCCCUCUUCACCUUCGGCGACUCCGCCACCGCCACCGGCAUCUACAACACCCCGGGAGCCGAGCCCCACCGCUGCUCACAACCGCCCUACGGCGAGACCUACUUCCACAAGCCCACCGGCCGCUGCACCGACGGCCGCACCAUCGUCGACUUCCUCGCCCAGCACCUCGGCCUCCCCUUGCUCCCUCCCUACCACGGCGAGCCCGUCGCCGACGCCGCUCCUUUCCGCCAGGGAGCCAACUUCGCCGUCGUCUCCGCCACCGUCAUGGACUUUGAGUUCCUCAAGGGCAGAGGCAUCACCAGCUGCCAGAACUGCUCGCUCAGCGUCCAGCUGGCAAGGUUCAAGACCCUGCUUGGGUCUCUGUGUAAGAGUCCGGCGGAGUGUAGAGAGUACCUGAAGAGCACGCUCAUCGUCCUCGGGGAGAUCGGCGGCGUCGAUUACAUGCGCGCGGCGUUGCAGAUCCGCGAUUCGGGCCCGGAGGCCGUCGAAGGGCUGAUGCCGCUCGUCGUCGGGAAAAUCGGAUCGGCUAUGGAAGAGAUCAUCCAGCUUGGAGCGGUUAAUUUCUUAGUGCCCGGCGACUUCCCAAAGGGUUGCUUCCCGGCCUAUCUGACGGAUUUCCCGAGCAACGACAAGAGCGCCUACGACCCUCUCACCGGCUGCCUCAUCUACCACAACGGCGUCUCCAGCAGCCACAACGCAAUGCUUCGUGACGAAAUCCAACGGGUGCAAAACCUCCAUCCCGACGUCAGCAUCCACUACGCGGAUUACUAUGGGCCCACGAUUCGGAUGGUCCAGGACCCGGUCAAGUACGGGAUGGACAAAGCCACGGUGAACAAGGCCUGCUGUGGCGCCGGCGGGCCGUACAACUUCGUCGUGUCGGCCAAGUGCGGGAAGCCGGGGGCGGUUUCCUGCCCGGAUCCGAAGAGGUACGUGAUGUGGGACGAUCAUCACUGCACCGAGGCGGCGAAUGCGGUGAUUGCCACGGAGGUGGUGCGAGGUCCGUCGUUCGGCUUGGCCUGCCGCGGGAAGCAACCGGCGCCGGCGCCCGGGAAGGAAUUGUAGAGAGAAACUAGCGCGGGGGGAUAUAUGAACAAGCCUUAAAAGAUUUUGUUCGAUGAUUUGAUUAAAUCAAAACGGGAUGCUAUUAUUUUUCUCAUAGACAUUUCGAGAGGAAUAACGAGAUACAAAUAUAUUUUAAGGUUAAAAUUCAAAAGAAAGAAAUAAAAGGUGGUUUGCUUUUGGUAUUUUGGUGCUGGAUUUUGGGCUUUCCGCUCAAAAUCCAACUUAUGUUGGCCUUUAUAAUGAAUCCAUGUUUGUUGGCACAUAAUGGAUUUUGUUUCAAUCUGUGGGGUCCACUAAUAUUGGG